GUUUUACCCAUUUCAGUUUCACUCAGAGCCCGGCCUGAAAUCGCGCGUGUCCACGCGGAGCCGAGCCACUCGCGCCCGCAGCCUCGUGUCCGAGAACCAUACUGUACAGAGCCGAACCGCGAUUUCCCGAGUCGCAGUGGUCCGCGAACAGUUUCCGCGAGAGCCGAUCCUGAGUUUCCCGCACGGCGCGUCGUCAACGUCGCGGCAACGAGUGCCGACAGUUCCGAGCCCGUGUCCCGCGGAACGGUGUCACGUUUCGUCGCCGCGCGAAACGAGUUUCCAUCGACGUACCCGGCUACGGCGGAACGAAAACCCGACAUACGGAACGAUAUCUUGAGAUAAAUCGAAAUGGGCUACGGGACCGAAAUGGACGGCUGCGGCCGGUGUAUGAAGUACUCCCUUUUCUUUAUUAACUUCGUCAUCUUUCUCGGCGGAGUGGCCAUAGUGGGUCUAGCAGUGUGGGCCCUACUGGAGAAGGUGUCAUGGAUCGGCGAACUGGUCGGCAACGAUCUGUUAACUGGCGCGAUCUACGUUCUGUUGGCCGGCGGCAUCAUCGUCGCGAUUAUCUCGUUCUUCGGGUGCAUCGGCGCGUCGCGGGAAGUCAAGUGCAUGCUUCUCACGUACUUCAUCAUCGUGUUCCUGCUGUUCGUGACGAUGCUAAUUGGCGGGGUCCUCGCGUACGUGUUCCGUGAGAAAUUGGUGAGCACGCUGCAGAGGGAAAUGUCGAGUUCGAUGAGAGUUUACGAUAGCCGCAAGACUGUCAGGGAUGCAUGGGACACGACGCAAUCCACGCUCCACUGCUGUGGCGUGAGUGGAUGGAGAGACUGGGGAAGUCUGGGCUUGAACGUGCCGCAGAGUUGCUGUCGCGAAAUCCAGCCUGGCCAGCGGUUCAACUGCAACGCUGGACCAGACUCGGUGAAUCUCUCGAAUGCCUAUCUCGAAGGUUGCACCAACAGAACGCAGGCUUACAUGCAGAAGCACGCGACAAUCAUGGGCGGCGCCGGUAUUGCAGUCGCGUGUCUGAUGUUCUUCGGCAUGAUAUUCUCGUGCGCGCUCUUCAAGAUGAUAGAAUGAUGAGAGGGUGAUGUGGUCUAAAGAUGCCCCGGUACUCCGUGGCAAAGCUAAUGAAGACCAAGUGGAUGUCAACCGUCCUCGAGCGACUCACACGAAUUCAUAAUCAACGUCAUCAUCGUCAUUGAGUGUACCUAGCUGAAGUACGAAAAUCAAAAUGCAUCUCCACGCGCAUCUACUCUUUCAAUGUACAGUCCUCAUC